CUCAGUUCUUCCACACACGACACGUGUCAACCUUAAGCGCGUGCUGUGGAUUUCCAAAUUCCCUUUUUAUUAAGCAGACGCAGAAGGAGCCUCUUUCUUCCUACCAACACAAAAACCCAAACUCUCUCUCUCUCUUUCCUAUCUCUUUCUCAUCCUUCUUACUCUAUCUAUUUCUCUCUUCAUCUUUGCCCUCUGCAAUGGGAAUUCAAAUUUAGAGGAACGCCAAACGAAGAUUAGUAGGACCAGUGGAGAAAGAUUACGAGGAUGAAACAGAGGACUGGGUCGAGUGUCUCCUCGUAUAGUACGAAGGAGAACGAAGUUGCAGAAAUCCUCGUGAAGCUCCGAAGUUUAAUAUUGGAAUUGGAGUGCGGCCACGGAAUCCUUCCACAGUCGUGGGGUCGGAAGAAAAAGAGAUCUGCGAUUAGUGUUAAUCCGAAAGCAGAGGAAGCUUCGAGUCCCGCAACCCCUCUCUCCUUCUCUCCCAGUGAAUCCGAUGAAAACCCAACCUCUCUCUUCAGAAGAAACGUUUCUCUCAAAAGGAAGAGAGAACACUGUCUGAAGAUUAUACAGGAUUUGAGCAAAGACAACGAUUUGCUCUCCGGGGAAAUUAAGAACGUCAAUUGUUACUUCGACAAGUUGAAAGACUACAAUUUGAAGCUGAAAGCUAAAAAACAAGAGCUAACUCAUGGCCCAAGGCAAGGUGUUGUAGUACACAAGCAACCGCAACAGCAACCGCAAUUCCCCGGUGUGGCGCAUCAUCCACCGUUGAUCUCGAAUCAGUCGGCGUGUGGAGUUGCAACGACGUCGUCUGGAGUACCAUCUUCGAGUAGUAACGAUGUGGGUCCAAUUGGAAUUCCCGAUCUGAACCUACCACUUGAAGAGUCCAUGACUAUGGAGUUUUGUGAACCGUUGGAUAUGAGUGUGAAUGUGGCUAACAGGAAUCUGAGUAGGGCCAUGGCAGCUCAGGCACGUCAGAAUAGGCUUCACAUUUACAGGUUCAAGAAUUCAAUAGGAAUUAGUAAACCCCGUUACUCUUGUAGAUGAUGAUAUAAUUAUUAUAAUAUUAAUGAUAAUAAUAAUAAUAAUAAUAUUACUAUCGUUAUAUUAGCC